AUGGUGGAACUGUGGUUUCUGAGAAAUGAUAUCUGUUAUGAUAAUGGUAAACCUGAUUUGCUCAAGAUUCAAAAUAAGAUCAAGAAAAUAGCCUAUGAUUGUCAAUGUAGAAUAAAAGGAGUUAUGUGGGGGACUGCUACUGAGAGGGAUAUUCUUUUAUUUUUCCAUAUUCAAUAUGGCAAACUUAGCAGACACAAGAUAACUGUUAUUUACUUCUGUUUGCCUGAGAAAGAUGAACUUCUGUUAUGUUGUGAUGGAGCUUCUAGGGGCAACCUGGGAAUUGCUGGUUAUGGGUUUAUUGUUAGAAACUCUGCAGGAGUUUUUGUUUAUACUGAAACUGGUGGUCUGGGAAUUGUUUCAAACUAUGUUGCAAAAUUCAUAGCUAGUAUAAGAGCUCUGGAAUGGGCUCUUGAAAACCAGAAGACAAAAGUUAUUCUACAAUCUGAUUCUAAAGCUUGCAUUAUAUCCUUAAUACAACAAAGAAUACCUUGGUUUCUACUGGUAAGAUGGCAGAAGAUCAUCAACAACUCUCUAUCUUUUUCUUUCAGGCAUGCUUACAGGGAGACCAACUUUUCUGCUGAUCAUUUUGCCAAAAAGGGAGUUUACUUGAUGAAGGGACAAAGAUUGUGCUUUGAUAACUGA